AUGAAGGACGGUCAGGUGUCCCACAAAGACACGCCCUCUGUCCCCUGGCGAGUCGCUGGCAUCCCACAAAGACACGCCCUCUGUCCCUGGCGAGUCGCUGGCAUCCCACAAAGACACGCCCUCUAUCCCUGGCGAGUCGCUGGCAUCCCACAAAGACACGCCCUCUGUCCCUGGCGAGUCGCUGGCAUCCCACAAAGACACGCCCCUCUGUCCCCUGGUGAGUCGCUGGCAUAUCCCACAAAGACACGCCCUCUGUCCCCUGGCGAGUCGCUGGCAUCCCACAAAGACACGCCCUCUGUCCCUGGCGAGUCGCUGGCAUCCCACAAAGACACGCCCUCUGUCCCCUGGCGAGUCGCUGGCAUCCCACAAAGACACGCCCUCUGUCCCCUGGCGAGUCGCUGGCAUCCCACAAAGACACGCCCUCUGUCCCCUGGCGAGUCGCUGGCAUCCCACAAAGACACGCCCUCUAUCCCUGGCGAGUCGCUGGCAUCCCACAAAGACACGCCCUCUGUCCCUGGCGAGUCGCUGGCAUCCCACAAAGACACGCCCUCUAUCCCUGGCGAGUCGCUGGCAUCCCACAAAGACACGCCCUCUGUCCCCUGGCGAGUCGCUGGCAUCCCACAAAGACACGCCCUCUAUCCCUGGCGAGUCGCUGGCAUCCCACAAAGACACGCCCUCUGUCCCUGGCGAGUCGCUGGCAUCCCACAAAGACACGCCCUCUAUCCCUGGCGAGUCGCUGGCAUCCCACAAAGACACGCCCUCUGUCCCCUGGCGAGUCGCUGGCAUCCCACAAAGACACGCCCUCUAUCCCUGGCGAGUCGCUGGCAUCCCACAAAGACACGCCCUCUGUCCCCUGGCGAGUCGCUGGCAUCCCACAAAGACACGCCCUCUGUCCCUGGCGAGUCGCUGGCAUCCCACAAAGACACGCCCUCUGUCCCCUGGCGAGUCGCUGGCAUCCCACAAAGACACGCCCUCUGUCCCCUGGCGAGUCGCUGGCAUCCCACAAAGACACGCCCUCUGUCCCCUGGCGAGUCGCUGGCAUCCCACAAAGACACGCCCUCUAUCCCUGGCGAGUCGCUGGCAUCCCACAAAGACACGCCCUCUGUCCCCUGGCGAGUCGCUGGCAUCCCACAAAGACACGCCCUCUGUCCCUGGGCGAGUCGCUGGCAUCCCACAAAGACACGCCCUCUGUCCCCUGGUGAGUCGCUGGCAUCCCACAAAGACACGCCCUCUGUCCCUGGCGAGUCGCUGGCAUCCCACAAAGACACGCCCUCUGUCCCCUGGCGAGUCGCUGGCAUCCCACAAAGACACGCCCUCUGUCCCCUGGCGAGUCGCUGGCAUCCCACAAAGACACGCCCUCUGUCCCCUGGCGAGUCGCUGGCAUCCCACAAAGACACGCCCUCUGUCCCCUGGCGAGUCGCUGGCAUCCCACAAAGACACGCCCUCUAUCCCUGGCGAGUCGCUGGCAUCCCACAAAGACACGCCCUCUGUCCCCUGGCGAGUCGCUGGCAUCCCACAAAGACACGCCCUCUGUCCCUGGCGAGUCGCUGGCAUCCCACAAAGACACGCCCUCUGUCCCCUGGGAGUCGCUGGCAUCCCACAAAGACACGCCCUCUGUCCCCUGGCGAGUCGCUGGCAUCCCACAAAGACACGCCCUCUGUCCCCUGGCGAGUCGCUGGCAUCCCACAAAGACACGCCCUCUGUCCCUGGCGAGUCGCUGGCAUCCCACAAAGACACGCCCUCUGUCCCCUGGCGAGUCGCUGGCAUCCCACAAAGACACGCCCUCUGUCCCCUGGUGAGUCGCUGGCAUCCCACAAAGACACGCCCUCUGUCCCUGGCGAGUCGCUGGCAUCCCACAAAGACACGCCCUCUGUCCCCUGGCGAGUCGCUGGCAUCCCACAAAGACACGCCCUCUGUCCCCUGGCGAGUCGCUGGCAUCCCACAAAGACACGCCCUCUGUCCCCUGGCGAGUCGCUGGCAUCCCACAAAGACACGCCCUCUGUCCCCUGGCGAGUCGCUGGCAUCCCACAAAGACACGCCCUCUGUCCCCUGGCGAGUCGCUGGCAUCCCACAAAGACACGCCCUCUGUCCCCUGGCGAGUCGCUGGCAUCCCACAAAGACACGCCCUCUGUCCCCUGGCGAGUCGCUGGCAUCCCACAAAGACACGCCCUCUGUCCCCUGGCGAGUCGCUGGCAUCCCACAAAGACACGCCCUCUGUCCCCUGGCGAGUCGCUGGCAUCCCACAAAGACACGCCCUCUGUCCCCUGGCGAGUCGCUGGCAUCCCACAAAGACACGCCCUCUGUCCCCUGGCGAGUCGCUGGCAUCCCACAAAGACACGCCCUCUGUCCCUGGCGAGUCGCUGGCAUCCCACAAAGACACGCCCUCUGUCCCUGGCGAGUCGCUGGCAUCCCACAAAGACACGCCCUCUGUCCCCUGGCGAGUCGCUGGCAUCCCACAAAGACACGCCCUCUGUCCCUGGCGAGUCGCUGGCAUCCCACAAAGACACGCCCUCUGUCCCCUGGCGAGUCGCUGGCAUCCCACAAAGACACACCCUCUGUCCCCUGGCGAGUCGCUGGCAUCCCACAAAGACACGCCCUCUGUCCCCUGGCGAGUCGCUGGCAUCCCACAAAGACACGCCCUCUGUCCCCUGGCGAGUCGCUGGCAUCCCACAAAGACACGCCCUCUGUCCCCUGGCGAGUCGCUGGCAUCCCACAAAGACACGCCCUCUGUCCCCUGGCGAGUCGCUGGCAUCCCACAAAGACACGCCCUCUAUCCCUGGCGAGUCGCUGGCAUCCCACAAAGACACGCCCUCUGUCCCCUGGCGAGUCGCUGGCAUCCCACAAAGACACGCCCUCUGUCCCCUGGCGAGUCGCUGGCAUCCCACAAAGACACGCCCUCUGUCCCCUGGCGAGUCGCUGGCAUCCCACAAAGACACGCCCUCUGUCCCCUGGCGAGUCGCUGGCAUCCCACAAAGACACGCCCUCUGUCCCCUGGCGAGUCGCUGGCAUCCCACAAAGACACGCCCUCUGUCCCCUGGCGAGUCGCUGGCAUCCCACAAAGACACGCCCUCUAUCCCUGGCGAGUCGCUGGCAUCCCACAAAGACACGCCCUCUGUCCCCUGGCGAGUCGCUGGCAUCCCACAAAGACACGCCCUCUGUCCCUGGCGAGUCGCUGGCAUCCCACAAAGACACGCCCUCUGUCCCCUGGCGAGUCGCUGGCAUCCCACAAAGACACGCCCUCUGUCCCCUGGCGAGUCGCUGGCAUCCCACAAAGACACGCCCUCUGUCCCCUGGCGAGUCGCUGGCAUCCCACAAAGACACGCCCUCUGUCCCUGGCGAGUCGCUGGCAUCCCACAAAGACACGCCCUCUGUCCCCUGGCGAGUCGCUGGCAUCCCACAAAGACACGCCCUCUAUCCCUGGCGAGUCGCUGGCAUCCCACAAAGACACGCCCUCUAUCCCUGGCGAGUCGCUGGCAUCCCACAAAGACACGCCCUCUGUCCCUGGCGAGUCGCUGGCAUCCCACAAAGACACGCCCUCUGUCCCCUGGUGAGUCGCUGGCAUCCCACAAAGACACGCCCUCUGUCCCCUGGCGAGUCGCUGGCAUCCCACAAAGACACGCCCUCUGUCCCCUGGCGAGUCGCUGGCAUCCCACAAAGACACGCCCUCUGUCCCCUGGCGAGUCGCUGGCAUCCCACAAAGACACGCCCUCUGUCCCCUGGCGAGUCGCUGGCAUCCCACAAAGACACGCCCUCUGUCCCCUGGCGAGUCGCUGGCAUCCCACAAAGACACGCCCUCUGUCCCCUGGCGAGUCGCUGGCAUCCCACAAAGACACGCCCUCUAUCCCUGGCGAGUCGCUGGCAUCCCACAAAGACACGCCCUCUGUCCCCUGGCGAGUCGCUGGCAUCCCACAAAGACACGCCCUCUGUCCCCUGGCGAGUCGCUGGCAUCCCACAAAGACACGCCCUCUGUCCCCUGGCGAGUCGCUGGCAUCCCACAAAGACACGCCCUCUGUCCCCUGGCGAGUCGCUGGCAUCCCACAAAGACACGCCCUCUGUCCCUGGCGAGUCGCUGGCAUCCCACAAAGACACGCCCUCUGUCCCCUGGCGAGUCGCUGGUAUCGCUCACUACACAAACUGCUGUAUCAAUAUAAAUGA